AUUGCUCCAGCCUGGCGACCGUAGCCCUGGCCGCGGCUCUGCACUCGAGCGGUCGAGCCUGGCCCGUGGCGGCGGCGGCGGCGGCGGGGGCGUGCGCGGGAGCGAGUCCGCGGCCGGGAGCGGGAAUGUCGAGGAGUUCGAAGGCGGUGCUGGGCCUCUCGGUGCUGCUGACGGCGGCCACGGUGGCCGGCGUGCACCUGAAGCAGCUGCAGGACCGGCAGAGGCUUCGUGACGGAGUGAUCAGAGACAUUGAGAGGCAGAAUCAGAAAAAAGAAAACAUUCGUCUUUUGGGAGAACAGAUUAUUUUGACUAAGCAGCUUGAAGCAGAAAGAGAGAAGAUGCUGGAGAAAGGAUCUCAGAACUCCUGACCGUGAAGAAUCGAUGGGCAGUGCUGAGUUUGUGUGUCAGUGUGGAUGUGGUGUGUUGAUAGAGUGUAGUGAGACCUGCCUGCUCGCCCCCUUAAAGUAACUGUCCAUUUACACUUUCUUCUUUCUUUCUUUUUUUCCCCCGAGACAGGGUUUCUCUGUGUAGCCUUGGCUAUACUGGACUCACUUUGUAUACCAGGCUAGCCUUGAACUCAUAGAGAUCUGACUGCCUCUUCCUCCCUGAGCUCUGAGAACACAGGUGUGCGCCACCACACCCAGCUUAUUUAAACUUUCUUAAAUGAAGGAUAGUGGAUCUUGUCUUCUAAAUUGCUUCUGUUAAGAAUCUGCUCUGUCUGGAUAGGGCACUUGUGGGUAGAUGCUCUUCUGAAGAUCUGGCUGGGGGAUUCCUGCCGCAGUCCCUGUCAGCCUAG